CUCCCUCCUCGUUCCCAAAAAUCGAACCACCGACCAAAUUGAUCGGAAACCUAAGUCUCCUCCGCCCACAAUGCACAUCCAGCGCCAAAUCUUCGUUACAUCUCCCUACUCUCAACAAACCGUCGCUCUGCAAUUAGAUCCGACACAAUCUAUACUAACUCUCUCACGUCUCACGUCCUUACUCGAAUCAUCAUCUCAUUUAUCUGAUUUCUCCAUCGGUCUAAAUGGGAAGCCUUUGUACGCCUCUACACGGAUCCAAGUAUCUAACCUUCCUUCCGUAUCCCUACUCACUCUUCACCCUCGUCUCCUUGGAGGCGGAGGAGAUGGAGGCGCGACGGGAGCAGAGUCUCGUGAUUGUUACCUCAACAUGUACGCGGAGAAGAAACCUGACAAGGUUGAUCCUAACGAGCAGAGGCUCUCUAAAUGGCUGAACUGCGCUUUGUCUAAUGAACCCUUGGCUGAGCCUUGCGUGGUUGAUCUCCUCGGGAACUUGUUCAACAAGGAAGCUUUGGUGAAUGCUCUCUUGUUGAAGAAAUUGCCUAAGCAGUUUUAUUACAUUAAGGGUUUGAAGGAUAUGGUGAACAUCAAGCUCACGCCUCUUGCUGGUUCUGAGGGAGAUACGACUAGUGGGCAGUUUCAGUGUCCGGUCUCUGGACUUGAGUUUAAUGGAAAGUAUAAGUUUUUUGUUCUUAGGGGGUGUGGGCAUGUGAUGAGUGCAAAGGCGUUGAAGGAAGUGAAGUCUUGUUCGUGUUUGGUGUGUCACGCGGAUGUUAAAGAUUCUGAUAAGAUUGUGGUGAACGGUACAGAGGAGGAGGUGGGGUUGUUGAGGGAGAGGAUGGAGGAGGAGAGAGCGAAGGUGAGGGAGAAGAAAGGUGCGUCGAAGAAGAGCAAGAACGGUGUUGCUGCUGUGGUGGUUGAUGCAGGUGCGAAGGUUGCAAAGAGGCAGAUGGAUGAUGGGAAUGUGAGUGGCACUGUGAAGAAAUUCAAGGCUGGGGAUAAAGUUCCGGUUAAUGCUACCAAGGAAGUGUAUGCUUCUCUCUUCACUUCCUCCAAGAAGAAGUCUGAUUUCAGAGAGACUUACUCUUGCAGGUCACUACCACUUGGCAGGAACUGAACCAUGUUGUUGUUACCUUCUUUGCUUUGAGUUUUACUCUUAUUAUAUUGCAUGUAUCAAGGAAACUCCCUCUGAGUUCUCUUACCCUACUGUGAGGCCUAAAAAGAGAUGUUCUUAGCUUUUGUAUGGAAAAACAGAUAUAAAUAAAAUUAUGUGAAAGAAAAC